GCGCGACAAAAUGCGUAUUGUACGAUACCAAUGCGACACUAAAACACGACGAUCGUAGACACAUAAUUAUUGUCAUGGAAAUACACUAUAGUAUUUUACGGUAUUUUACCACUGUGAGAUGAAUACAAUACGCUAAUUAGAAGUGUAUUAGAGCGAGGCAGAGCGGUUUAAGCUUCCAUUUGUUUAUAGACUCAUUGUCGACGUGACGAUGUUAGCGUGUUACAUCGGGAUCGGUUCGGUUUACGUCGUGUUCAUUUCCGGCACGAUCCAAGAGUGCAUAGACAGCGACAAGAUCAUCGGUCAGAGCUACUACGCGCUCAUGAUAUUUCCACUUCUUUUUGUAAUGAACACGGCGAAGAAUCUGGCGGACAUCGCGCCGAUUUCCAUCGUCGGCAACUUUUUGAUCUUUGCCGCUGCGCUCAUUGGAAUCGUGUACGCCUUGAAAGACGGAAUCGGCGAUAAGUGGCUCACGAUCGGGCCGAACGUAGACAUGUAUCCCAAGUUUAUCGGGAUGGUCUUCUUCAGUAUGUGUUCGCCGGGAGUGGUGUUAGCAAUAGAGCACAGUAUGAAAAAACCCUGGAAUUACGUCAAACUGUGCGGAAUACUGAACUGGGGCAUGGCAUUUUUGGUCUUGAUACACAUCUUCGUCGGGACUAUUGGUUACUUGAAGUGGGGACCCGAUGCGCUUGGCAAUUUUAUCCGUAAUCACGAGACGCACGACGGACCAACGAUAGCGGCACUGAUAAUGCAGGCGCUGGCGAUAUACUUCACGUACGGAUUGCAAUGUUACAUGCCCAUCAGGAUUCUCAAGGACAGCUACGCCGAACCUGCCAUCGAACGCGGCACCUGUAAAGGAACACCGUUUCUCUGGGACCUGAUAAUCCGCUCCGGCAUCACCAUCGUUACAUGCAUUCUGGCAGCGGUGAUCCCGAAGCUCGAUCUCUUUACCGGUCUGGUCGGCGCUGUAUGCAUAUCUACGUUGGCCACGUUGAUCCCGGUUACCUUGUACAUCCUCGUACAUCACGAGAAUUUCGGAAAGUUCAAAUGGAGACUGAUUAUGGGCGUCUUCAUGUUUUCCAUCGCCUUUAUCGCAGCCGUGUGUGCCGUAGCGACUAAUCUCAUCUUAAUCGUGAGAUACUUCCAAUAUGGGUACGGAUUAUUAAACGAUAAUAAUAUUAAAGAAAUUAAAAUGCGGGAAUAUUAAUCCAAAUCGUAGUGACGGCUCUCAAUAAGACCGACAGUAAGGUAGAGAGAAAGGGCCAGUGCGAGCCAACCGUAGAAAUUAUCCAAUGUGGAACUUUUUUUAAUCGCUUUAUUAAUUAAUAUCCAAACGCGUCGACCCAUUUUCGGGUCAUCCUCAGUGAGGCUAGGGCCAAAAAUGAUACUUGGUGUUACAAAAACUUAACAAUGUUAAAAUUUAGAUUA